AUGACAGAUGACCAAGAGAGUUUGCACGUUUCCGUCGAGAGUUUAAGGCCAAGUCUCUUUGAGGGAUGGGCUAAAAAACAGGGUGGAGCUGUCAAGACGUGGAAAAAGAGAUGGUUUGUGUUGAAAGAGAAUAGGUUGUGGUACUUUGCGUCCAAAACAGCAACUUCUGCAAAAGGGUUUAUAGAGUUACUUCCAGGAACGGAGACUCGAGAUGUCACUGAGAAUAAAAAGUUCAUGUUUUCGAUCAACUCGAGGAAUUUAAAAGGUCCACGCGUUUUUUUCAUCGUCACUGAAAAUUCGGUCGACCACGAGUCCUUUUUUGACGCCGUUCGUAAAGUCCUUGUGAAAAGCUCACCACCAAAACCUGUUGCGGCACAAAGCAAUACCGAAAUUUCUGCUCCUAAACCAGUCCAAAGUUCAACACUCGUCACACAAGCACCAGCACCAACACAAAAUAUGGCAACACAACAACCAAGUACAUCAGCUGUGUCAAUUCAAGGCGCGUUACAAGCAAAGUGCGACGGAAGAAAAAAUAUUGCGAAAGUUAAGGCUAAGAUCCCAUGGCUUCAGGCAGAAGGAGAGAACGUUGUCGAGUUUUGGAAAUAUUGGAUGGACUCGACCCCUCAACCAGACGCACUUGAACCAGGACAAUCGAUUCAAUAUAUGCUUGUUGUGUCGGGAAACACCGACAAAUUGUCGUGGCGUGUGUAUGGUCCACAAGGCGCAUUGAUUCAAAGUAUGGUCGACUUCUUCUGGAAUGUUGGUGCGCCAGACGAAGAGAUCGACCACUUAAAUAACUUGGGGUGCCAAAUAAACCCUAGCGAAAUUGGGUCGUGGAUUGACAUGAGUGUGAUGAAUGGAAUGGAUGGAGGGUGGUUCUUCAAAGGUGAGUUGUCGUGUGAUAUCAUUCGAGACACGGCUGACAAAUGUGAGCAUUCUGAAAAAUUGAUCAAUUGGGCGAAGGAACAAGGCCUCAGUUAUAUGUGUCAAAUGGGAAGAGAUAUGGGUGCUACACCACCACGUCAAUCAGAGUUCAGAUUCAAAUUGGACGGUACUGUUGUGAUUCGGAUGGAAAAGAUCAACUCGGCGUUCUCAACAUUUGGAUUUCCACCUAUUGCGACAAACAUAUCAGAUAUUUUAAGUAAUCUCCCACCCGUCUACACAUACUUCUACUUGUGUGUCAUCGUCUCAAGCGAUGGCUUUGUAAAAAUCAGUGUGUUGGUGCCAUCACCGAAGCAAGACUUGAUCGACCAAUUUUUGGGAAGCAUGGGUGACGUUAAAGAUACCCAUAUUGCUCUUCAUAACGACAUUAUGAGUACACUUGGAACAACACCGUUGUUUGUCGAGUAUACAUUCUUGAACCAAGGGUAUGGGUAUGAGGUCUACAAGGAGGGAGCAGACGUACUUGUUCACUACAACCUCGGCACGGAGUCAAGAUAA